ACCCUAAACCACCCGGCUUCGCUUUCAAUCCUGCGCGUGCGCUACAUAAAUCCGUCUGAAGAAUGUGCGGAGCGUUGGGGGAGGAACAGGGGAAUAUUUACCGCAUGCGCUCUUAACUACUUCCGCGGCCUCUAUAGACCAGCGGCCCUGGGGGUGGGGACGUAUUUGAUUUAAACGACGGCGGGAGCCGUCUGGGGGCUCCUUUGCUGCUCGGGUGUCUGGAUACUUGAUGUAAAUUAGCUUGUUCGGGGCUUAGCCUUUUGUAUGUUGCAAGUAACGGAUUUUUGGUAUUAAACGCAUUGGGCUAGCCUUGCUGGUUUGAAUCUGAGCCCCCCCUCUUUGCCAGUAAACUGGCUCGUGCAAAGCAGGGUUGGGGAUAGUUGUGUUGGCAGCGCCUUGGAGGGCCUGGGUUCAGAGCUCUGCUCAGGCAGCAAUAUCACUGGUGCUCUUGGGGUAGUCGCUAACUCUUGAUAUAGCUUACCUGCUAGAACCAGAUCUUCGCCCGGAGCUUCUUGGAAGACUGAUGAGCGACAAAUGUGAUAGAAAAGAGGCUUUAAGCAUCAUGUGCAGUGGGAAGUCCCGAAUCCCUGUCUUCAGUUUCCAAGAACCCAAAGUUAUCAUUGUGCCUGAAGAGCGACAGCCACUGCUUCCUUCAAAAAGAUAUCUCAACAGAACUGCCAACCUAGAGCCCUGCAGAGAUCAUCCCUUUGUGUUUGGGGCAAGGGCUCCAGAAAAUAUUACCUUCAAAGGGGCAACUCAAGGGGUCAUGAAGAUAGUGCCACCAUCCCGUAAGAAAGCAACUGUACAAUGCCCAGCAAGCAGAUACAAGUGGGAAACAGAGCUCAGGAACAAGAACAAGCUCUUGGAGGCUGCCAGAAGUGAAAUGAUGGUCAAGUUGGAGAGAACACAGGGUACUGUAAAGGAGCUGAAGGAGCAGUGUGAGCAUCUACAAAAGGAAAACCAGGAGCUGAAGUGGUUUCAAGAAUGCUGCAUGUUGGUCUCAGGUGCAGGUAAUACAAUUUUGGAAAAGGCAGAAGAGAUGAAGGAAGAACAAGCUGAGAUGAUGGUUUUGACUGAGAAGCUUAAUGCUGAUCUGGAGAUGUUCUGCAGAAUGGCUAAAGAGCAGAAAGAUAAUCUCCAAACUGCAAAGGGGACUUUGAAGCAGGUGAAGGAGGAGCAAGUCCACUUCAGAGAGAAGCAGCAGUGUUUUAGAAGAGAAAUGGAGGAGUUUGCUGCUAUCUUGGAUCAAGAACAUGAAUUUGUGAUAGCAGAAAUGGAAACACCUAUUCUUACACUACUCUAACUUUCAAUCUCAAAAUGGGAAUCAAGGACUUAAAACUAGAACAUCAGUCUGGGGAGCUCAUUUUGCCAUUGCCUCUCACUAUCCUCAUGUUUAUAUUUCUAUCUUUGUUCAUGUUUGGGUCUUACUUAUGGAAGCUGGAUGUUCUUAAUAAAUGUUGGUUUUGUACAGUU